AUGGUCUCGAUGGACGUGGUCAGCGGCGUCUCCGCCGACAUGGACACGGACGCGGACGCGAUGGUGGCGGGCGACUCGGGCAGCAAGCACAACGGCGGCCGCAGCGCCGCCGUGUGUGCCGUCAACAGCAUGGUCUCGGAGGCUUCCGCGGCGACCGUGGCCGUGUUGGAUGUGAUCGGGGGCGUCUCCGCUGGCAUGGUCACGAACGCGACGGUGGCAUUCGGCUCGGGCACUGAGCGCAACGACAGCUGCAGUCCGCACGCAUGUUGCCACCGCGACAUCGACAGCAGGGUCUCGGACACGAUUGAGGUGACCGUGGCCUUGGUGGACGUGGUCAGCGGCGUCUCCGCCGACAUGGACACGGACGCGGACGCGAUGGUGGCGGGCGACUCGGGCAGCAAGCACAACGGCGGCCGCAGCGCCGCCGUGUGUGCCGUCAACAGCAUGGUCUCGGAGGCUUCCGCGGCGACCGUGGCCGUGUUGGAUGUGAUCGGGGGCGUCUCCGCUGGCAUGGUCACGAACGCGACGGUGGCAUUCGGCUCGGGCACUGAGCGCAACGACAGCUGCAGUCCACACGCAGGUUGCCACCGCGACAUCGACAGCAGGGUCUCGGACACGAUUGAGGUGACCGUGGCCUUGGUGGACGUGGUCAGCGGCGUCUCCGCCGACAUGGACACGGACGCGGACGCGACGGUGGCGGGCGACUCGGGCAGCAAGCACAACGGCGGCCGCAGCGCCGCCGUGUGUGCCGUCAACAGCAUGGUCUCGGAGGCUUCCGCGGCGACCGUGGCCGUGUUGGAUGUGAUCGGGGGCGUCUCCGCUGGCAUGGUCACGAACGCGACGGUGGCAUUCGGCUCGGGCACUGAGCGCAACGACAGCUGCAGUCCGCACGCAUGUUGCCACCGCGACAUCGACAGCAGGGUCUCGGACACGAUUGAGGUGACCGUGGCCUUGGUGGACGUGGUCAGCGGCGUCUCCGCCGACAUGGACACGGACGCGGACGCGACGGUGGCGGGCGACUCGGGCAGCAAGCACAACGGCGGCCGCAGCGCCGCCGUGUGUGCCGUCAACAGCAUGGUCUCGGAGGCUUCCGCGGCGACCGUGGCCGUGUUGGAUGUGAUCGGGGGCGUCUCCGCUGGCAUGGUCACGAACGCGACGGUGGCAUUCGGCUCGGGCACUGAGCGCAACGACAGCUGCAGUCCGCACGCAUGUUGCCACCGCGACAUCGACAGCAGGGUCUCGGACACGAUUGAGGUGACCGUGGCCUUGGUGGACGUGGUCAGCGGCGUCUCCGCCGACAUGGACACGGACGCGGACGCGAUGGUGGCGGGCGACUCGGGCAGCAAGCACAACGGCGGCCGCAGCGCCGCCGUGUGUGCCGUCAACAGCAUGGUCUCGGAGGCUUCCGCGGCGACCGUGGCC